CCCGCACUUUUCCCCACGUGGCUGAUCAAUCUUUUCCCUCCCUCAUACUCCGCUCCAAGCCUGACAUGACUACGGUUUCACAUACCUAAUAGUGCUUAUUUGAGCCAUCUCUUAUCAUCAUGGGCUCUGAACACGAUUCCAAACCAAAGACUUCCUCGUCGCCCAUAGCGUCAGGGUCUCCUCCACCCGUUACCACUCUGUCGGGUCAAGAUCCUGGCGAGACGCGCCGAUCGCCCGCAGAUGACGAGAACCAACAGCCAGAGGAGCAUGCACCGCUCCAAGUCGAUGAAGAUGAAAUAGCUGGCGAUGAUGCAGACUCUACUUAUGGCUCUGAUCGAGGGUCAGUCUACACUGCUUCCGUCACGUCAUCAAUCUACGACUACCAGUAUGAAAAUGCCCGUCGCUACCACGCUUUUCGCGAGGGCCAAUACGUCCUGCCCAACGACGACCAGGAACAACAGCGCCUAGAUCUUCAGCAUCACAUUUGGCGUUUACUCCUCGGCGGCGCCCUGCAUACAGCGCCGCUACCUAGCCCAGACUCAACCGAAGAAUACCGCAUUUUGGAUCUCGGCUGCGGCACUGGUAUCUGGGCCAUAGAAAUGGCAGACGAGUAUCCCAACGCCACAGUCGCAGGCAUAGACCUCUCUCCGAUCCAGCCGGACUGGGUUCCAGGUAAUUGCAUGUUUCACGUAGACGACUACGAAGAUGAGUGGACGUACCGUGAGAGCGAAAAGUUUGACUACAUCCACGGCCGGGCGCUCAGCGGGACUAGUGCAGAUUGGAUGAGGUUUUAUGAGCAGGCGCUUAAUAAUCUGAAGCCAGGCGGAUACAUGGAGAUGCAGGAGUAUGAUGCGUGGAUCUUCAGCGACGAUGAUAGUUGUGAUAGGGCGCCGUGGACGAUGGAGUGGGUUAAUAAGCUUGAUGAGGCUAGUAAGAUGUUUGGCAAGCAGAUCAACGUGGCCAAGUAUCAUAAGCAGUGGAUGAUUGAUGCUGGUUUCGAGGAUGUCGUUGAGAGAGUUUACAGAAUACCCAUUGGGCCAUGGGCGAAAGACCCGACGCUGAAGGAGCUGGGAAAGUUUGAGCUGACGCAUAUGCAAAUGUCGGUUGAGUCGCAUACACCAGCUUUGUUCACGCGCGUGUGGAAUUAUUCGCACGAUCAGGUUAUGGUGUUGAUGGAGGGUGUCAAGAGGGAGUUUCGAAGUCGUGAGUUGAGAUUGAUCACGAGCUAUCGAUUCAUCACUGGGCGGAAGCCAGCAGAGGCUUAGAUGCGCUGGUUGCAUCGAGCAUGGGAAGAGUUGCUAGAUUACGAAGCAUGGAUAGUUAAGCGGGCGUUGGGAUACAGGAGGAAAUUAACUUUCUUUUCAUGACUUGGAAGGUAUGAGCCUCUGUGUAUGGGAGGAAUGCUGUCUGUCUAUGGUUUUGAGCUUCAUGUCGCGAAUACAUGAGCUUAACCCUACAGGCAACUGUCAUCCCAUAGUUGAAUACAGAGGCUCAAACCCUCCGAGUCGUUGAACCUUGUUAUUUUAUUUACUACGAGACUUGAGGACUAGCAGUGAUCUGGACUAUCGAAAAAGGCCUUUUAGUAAUGCUGGAGACAAGAGUCCAUUCUGACUCAUCUUCCCUCAGAGCUCAGAAGGCUGAUCAAGGGCAUGGGUUAUCAACUUCUUGUACCCCUCAACAGCCUGCUCCAGAUCAGAAACCUUCAAGUGCUCAUGCGCAGAGUGCGCCUCGAGAAUCGAGCCAGGUCCGUAC